AUGGAGAUGGGGAUGUGUAAAGAUGUUGUAGCAUGUGUUCAGAAACCUUCUAGCUUAAAUCAGAAAGAUGAAAUAGUAGACAGUGACUUCGAAGAGGACCAAGGCAAAAAUCCUUUAAGGCAAACGGCAGCAAAAGAAAUACAAAUGUCAGAUAAAACUGAAGAAAUUGAGAGGGAUGGCUACGGAAAUACUUAUAACAGCGAGGUAACAGAAGAAAAAAGUAAAUUAAAAGAUGAUAUGAAUCAACAAACGGAGGAAAGCGUGUCGCACAACUCUGAUGUGAAAAUAAACAAAGAGGAAAAGAAGUUCGCAGACCAUGAAAAAACAAGUACGCCUACAAGCAAAUCAGUUCCUCAAGAUUCUUGCAGCAGCAUGCUUCAUUUCUUGAAGCGAAUAGGACUAGAAAGGUUUUAUCCAAAUAAAUUAAUGUUAGUGGAUGCUAUGAGCAUUCGGGCAAUAACAACAUCUUUUAAACUGAAAGAUGUUGCAUUAAAAUUUGUGGAAAAUAUUGUAAUGAUGAAUUGUACCUUUGGUGGACAAAUGAGAAGCACUUCCAACAUCAAAACUGAAAUGAGAAAGGCAAUUGCAGGGAUGAUGAAACAAAAUAUAGGAGAGUCGGUAUACGAUAGGCUACCUAGAUGUUUGAUAGGUACAGACGAGGAAACUGCACUUUACAAAACAGCUAAAUUAAAAGCAUUAAAUGUUUUUAGACAAAUACCAUAUAUCUGUUUGAAUGUAAAAGCGACAGUGGUACCCCUUCAAGGUGUUACUUGGGCAUCUUGGAGUAAGAAACUCAAAAGUGUUAAUAAAUCAUCUCAGUACAAAAGUUUGCCCGAACAAGGUACAAUAAGGAACGAAAUGAAUGAAGAGAGAAAAAAACAAUUACAAAUAUGUAAAAACAUGGGACCAUUUAUGAAGACAUUAUUAGAUAUACUAUCAAAUAUGAUACAAUCAGACGAAGAUUGCACAGUGUUUGUUCUCUGGUUAAAACAAUUCCUCGAUCAGAGAUCAAGAUCCGUACUUCCUGGAUACUUGUCUCAGUAUCAAACUGAUUGGCAAGCUCUAAAAACAAACAGGGACAACAAAACAGAAGGUGAUGUUAUAAAAAAAUGUAAAGAGGACCUAGAAAGAACUGAAUAUAAACUAGCUGAAGCUUCGUUUGGAUUUGAACAUCUAUGUCGAGAGAUGGGUCAAAUAUAUGAAUCAAUUUAUCAAUGCCGCAGCCAAGAUACAAUUAAUCUUAAAUCUUUAGCAAAUAUGCUUCCUCUAAUAACAGCAAAACUGCUCGUCAUGGGACAACCAUUUGAAAUAAUGGACGGUGACAUCGCUAACGUGCCCCUGUGUUGGGUUAAAGCUGUUCUUCAGCAGUUGAGGACAAUACUGGGUGAGAAAAAACUUCUAGCCCUGUCUGUAUUAGGUAUUCAAAGUUCUGGAAAAUCUACACUUCUGAAUACAAUGUUUGGUCUUCAAUUUGCAGUGAGUGCAGGAAGAUGCACCAGAGGUGUUUUUAUUCAGUUAGUUCCAAUAGAUACAGCCAACACUAAAUUCGACUACAUUCUUGUCAUUGAUACAGAAGGUCUACGAGCCCCAGAACUAGCCAAUCAAAAACAUACCCAUGAUAAUGAGUUAGCAACGUUUGUUAUAGGACUUGGAGACAUAACAAUUGUCAAUAUAAAGGGCGAAAAUACAGCUGAAAUGAAAGAUGUUUUGCAAAUAGCUGUGCACGCCUUCCUAAGACUAAAAUUAACCAACGAAAAAAUAAAUCUUAAACAGACCUGCGUUUUUGUUCAUCAAAAUGUGCCAGCAUCUGACGCUAAUGACAAAAUGAUGCAAGGUAGACAAAAGUUUGUGGAAGUUCUAGAUGAGAUGACAAGAGAGGCGGCAGAACAAGAAAAAAUUGCAGAUAUACAGUCAUUCAAUCAAGUGAUAGAUUUUGAUAGUGAAAAAAAUGUUUGGUAUUUUUCAGACCUUUGGCACGGGGAUCCGCCGAUGGCUCCUGCCAAUCCUGGAUACAGUGAGAGUGUGAGUAAAGUGAAGGAAGCCAUCAUCUUUCGGCUGACAAAUGGCAGAGAAACGUAUUUGACUAUCGCAGAUACUGCUUCUCGAAUAGACGAUCUCUGGAAUGGCAUUCUGAAAGACGAUUUUGUUUUCAGCUUUCGUAACAGUCUCGAACUAAAGGCAUAUAAUAGCAUGGAUCAAAAAUAUCAAGCAAUAGCAUGGAAAUUGGAAAAGUAUGUUUUGGAAUUCAUUAAAUCUGAAGCAAAAAGCAAACUUGUCAGUUGUGUAAAUAAAGACGCUCUUGAAAUAGCAGUUCCUGCCAUUAUGAUUCAACUUACAAAAGAAGUUGACAAACAAGUUGAAGAUCUUAAUCAUGAACUAGAUCAGUUUGUUGCAGAAAGCAUACUUCAAGACAUUUUGAUCCAGUGGACACAGGCUAAACGAAAUAGACUUUGUAAUCAUGCAGAAAGUCUUAUAAUGAAAGCAAAAACAGCUGUGAAUAAUACAAAAGAAGAAUUAAGAAUACAAAAACUUCGAGUAAGUGAAAAAACUAAACAUGAAAUGGAAAUAAACAAUAUGGCCAAGGAAUUAGCUCUUCAAAUGAAAGGACAAGUACCAAGUAUAAUGGUAAUGGAGGACAAGUUCAACAGUCUCUGGAACUCAUGGAUCAAUAAUUUUACCACAAAAGACUUCACCGAUAUCGUUCCAAUUAAAGAUCAAAUCGAAUCACUACUCAUUGAGUUGUUCCCGUCAGAUGCAACAUUUAAAGAAGAUUUUAUAGAUAAAGGAUUGCGUUUACCAGACGCAAAAGCUUAUCAAAACAUGAAACACCUUGAGCAAACUUUGACGGAAAUAUAUAUUUCAACAAAGAAACAUUUGAGUAUUCGCAAGUUGUAUAUUUUUUGGCGCGAAGUGAGUCCAGAUGAAUGUAAACAUCAAGCAAUCGAUUUUGCAAAUAGAAUAUUUAGAAAAAUUGAUCUUAAGCUAGAAGAGCUCAACACCGAUGGCAUUCGAUUUGAUCCGUCAUACGUCACUGAAAUUUUGUACAUUGUUUCAGAAGAGUACAGUGAAUUCAAUCAACACACUAAAAAUGAAUGUAAAUUCAACUUGCUCGCGCCAUUUCGUGCUAUGAUUAUGAAUCAUGUUGUGCGGUAUGCAAUUAGCUUUUUUACAAGAAUGAAUGAUUCGUAUAAUAUAAAGAAUAGCCCAAAAGCACAAAUGGGAGAGUAUAAAGGCACAGCAUGGGCUUUGUUCAAAAAUACAGUUGAAGAUGCAACAGAAGACUUAAUUGCUUUUGGAUUUUUCAGAGAUGCUAUAGUGAAAGCUGUUGUAGACCAAGUAUAUGAAUGUCUCCCUAUUGAUGCACAAGAAAGUAUCCAGAUUCUCUUUGCAAAUAGGAAAUACAGUUUAAUUAAAGAUAUACUUAUUCAUUUGGCUACAGCUGAGGAUUUUCGAAAAUAUAAAUCUUUUAUUUCCGAUCCAUACAUCUAUGCCACCAGAUGGAUAAUGAAAUUAUUAAAAAGGGAACUGUUUGAGGAGAAAGCAGGAACUCAUAGUGGAUGCUUGUAUAAUCAAUUAGCGCGGAGUCGGGUGACAAAAAUAUUUUCGCAUAUUUCCAAAUGUAUAUCAGAUGCAACAAAAGACUGUCAAGGUAGAUCGUCAAGCUGUAUGCCAAAAUGGAUAGAUUCGUUUAUAUUGCAUAACUGUAAAUCUCCAGAUUUACCUUUGUCCAAUGAUACUCUGAUUCAUGUCAGAGAUAGGAAAAUAUCUAAUCUGGAUACUUUUGUCGUAAUUUUAAAUGAACAGCUUUCUGUUAUGGAAGACAUGGUGCUAGACACUUUUUCAAAUGUGAAUUCAGAUAAUGUCCAAUGGAAGAAAAAUCCUAUUUCAGAAAUAAUGGAGAGUCUAUGGGGUUGCACGGCAAAUUGUAUGUUUUGCCAUGAACCUUGUAUGAAUAGCGAUAAAAAUCAUUUAGAAGACAAAUUUCCUCAUAAAUGUUUACAGCAUCGCCCAGAAGGUAUAGGUGGUUGCAGUUGGAAUACAACAAACAAAUUGGCAGUAGAAUUUUGCAAUUAUUCAAUUACAACAGAUGCGAUUUAUAUCAGAGGAAACAAAGAGGGACCAUAUAAAAACUACAAAGAACAUUAUCCCGAUUGGGACAUUCCACCUAAUUCCGAUGUAUCAAAGUACUGGAUGUGGGUAACAUGUAAAUUUAAAGAUCAACUGAAGGAAAUGUAUAACACUGAAGCACCAGAUAUUCCCGAAAACUGGUGGUUGGUUCAAAAGGAAGAGGCAAUACAGAGUCUUUGA